AUGGGUCUAAAUAUGCCGGCACGAACGGUGUUAUUUACAUCAGCUCGAAAAUUUGACGGUGCAGACAACAGGUGGAUCACGUCUGGGGAAUAUAUUCAAAUGUCUGGAAGAGCAGGGCGACGAGGAAAAGACGAUCGCGGUCUCGUAAUCCUUAUGGUGGACCAUAAGAUGAGCAGUGAAGAUGCAAAACAGAUCAUUAAGGGUGCAACGGAUCCUUUGAAUUCACAAUUCCGUCUCACUUAUAAUAUGGUACUGAAUCUUCUUCGAGUGGAAGGGGUCAAUCCGGAGUUCAUGUUGGAAAGAUCUUUCUAUCAGUUUCAAAACUAUGAUGCUAUUCCAGGACUUAAACGAAGGGCUCAAGAGAAAGCCGUCGAAAUUGAGGAUAUGCAUAUCGAACAUGAACGAGACAUAACCGCAUUUUUCGACAUGGAAAAGCAGGCAAGGAUAUGCAUAGCCAAUCUGCAAACAACUAUAAAGAAAACAAUAUGCAUGCCCAAAUAUUUAGUUCCUUUCCUACAUGCAGGACGAAUGAUCCAUGUACGUUUUAUCCUUUUUAGUUUUUUAUUCGCAACCAUAUAUUUGUUCAUAUUUGUAGUGCGCUAGAA